AGUCCUCCCCCCUCCCUCUCUUUCUUCUAUUUAAGAAAAACCAGAGCCACCACAGCUCCCAGAACGCAGCGCAGCUCAGAUCUUCGUACCAAAAUUCGCACACAGAUAGGAUAUUCAGAGACGAGUAGUUGGUGCUCAUGGGUGAAGUUGUUGAUGCCGGAAAGAAGGAGGCUAAUGGAAGCUUAGCUGAUCUGAACCCUACAGUUGUUUUUGUCUUGGGUGGCCCAGGCAGCGGAAAGGGUACUCAAUGUGCAAACAUUGUUCAGCACUUUGGGUUUACCCAUCUCAGUGCUGGCGAUCUUCUUAGAGCAGAAAUCAAGUCUGGCUCUGAAAAUGGGACCAUGAUUUCGAACAUGAUUAAAGAAGGAAAGAUUGUUCCUUCUGAAGUAACAAUUAAACUUCUUGAACGAGCAAUGCUGGAAAAUGGUAAUGACAAGUUUCUCAUUGAUGGGUUUCCUCGUAAUGAGGAAAAUCGUGCUGCAUUUGAGGCUGUGACUAAAAUCGAGCCUUCAUUUGUCUUGUUUUUUGACUGUUCUGAGGAAGAGAUGGAGAGGCGGCUUUUGGGUAGGAACCAGGGAAGAGAGGAUGAUAACAUAGAAACAAUAAGGAAGCGGUUUAAGGUUUUCCAAGAUUCUAGUCUCCCUGUGAUAGAGUACUACAACUCCAAGGGGAAAGUUCGGAAGAUUGAUGCUGGAAGGCCUGUUGAAGAGGUUUUUGAGUCCGUUAAAGCUAUUUUUGAACCAAAAAAUGAGAAGGCUGAUUAAUUGCUGCGAUUGUAACCAAGAUUUCAGAUCCUAUGACUAUUGAGGUGAUGCAAUUGCGAGCUGCAUAUAGUGUAUUCUUUGGCAGGUUUUAUUCCUAUUGCUUACUUAUUAUUCAAGGUUGUAUUAUUUUACGCAAUUGAGGUGUAUCCCUCUAGCCUUACAUUAUGAUUGUAUUCUAAAUUUAAGAUUUAUAGUAAUAAUUAUUGGAAUAAUGUUCCGAUUUCGA